AUGUCUCAUAAUUUGAUUUUUAAGCAUAAUACCGUCGGUGUAGACGGAAAAGCCCAAGCUAAGAAUCGAGUGCCAACGCUGUACCGCAGCUGGGGUUACGUGUACUCGAGAGCGGCAGCGACGGACGCGGACGCGUCGCUUGGCAGCGUUGCCAAAGAAUUUACACCUUGGUUUCAACCUCCUGACACUUCCUUCGGGGCUUCUAUCAGUAGUACUCGUGGAAGACAGUUUGAAGAUGAUGAACAAGACCCAGACUCGAUCACAUUUGUUUCGAAAGCCGCAGAUACUUACCAACCUUUCACGGACCAUGGUGCGGUGGUCAGCGCCCUUAAACAAUCAAAUAAUACAAGCAGUUUGAUUAUAGAUGAGAUUAACACUAACACCCAUUUGUCUGUGGCCCGGACGGGCGUUUUACGGUCGGCACUGGACAUCGUCAAAAGGUUCAUAUCAUCAUCACAGCAUGCGGACAGCAUACCAGAUGAAAAGAUUACUCCCGAUCCUGCAUCAAAACUUAUUGAUUUUCGAAUCGAACUUUUCUAUAUGAUGAUGGGCGGUAUGUUUUUUUAUCCUUAUUGGGCAUUGCACCUCAUUCUAAAUACUGCAGGUCAAAAUGAACGCGACGCCCUAGCUCUCCACUGGCCGGAUCACAUUUCACCCCUAACUCUGCAGCGAAUGUGUUUAGCCUUGAUGAGUGGUACUGUUGGUCGGCAAACAGAUCUUCAAUACAAGCUUUGUGUACUUUACAAGGCUACCAUCUUCGUCAGUCGGUGGCUGCGAUUUUCCUCGCCGGGGGGAUUAUCAGACUGUUUAGCCAAAUCUAGAAAGCAGUAUACUGCAGCUUUCCUUGAAUCUCUCAGUAUGAUUGACUUCUCGAGGUCUCCCAGCCUUGCAAUGCUACAAGCGCUUCUUUCUGGUGUCGGUGAUCCUCAGUCCCUAUGCAGAUAUGUCGUUAACUUAUAUCAGGCCACACUAGUACAGCUUCUUGGAGACACGACAAGAUCUUGGCACCUGACUGCUCUAGCCUCCCGUGUUGUGGUAGCUUUGGGUUAUCAUACCUCGACUUCGAUCGGCUGUGAUGCUGACGAAGAAAUCGAAAUUCGUCGCUGCUUGUCUUGGUGCUACUAUAUGGACAAGACACUAAGCAUGCUUCUAGUCCGUCCUACAUCUUUACCCGUCCUUGCGUCCGACCCGGUAGAUCUUCUCAACACGGUUUCUGAAAAUCCAUUAUCAUACAAAGUCAGGAUAUUGGUGAAACUCGCUCAAGUUCAGGAUAUCUCGUUAUCUCUCAUGUUAAAAGGUCAAAAAGAAGAGCUCGCAAUGGCUCAGGAGCCUGCUUUGCUUGAAGACCUUCAAAAUAGACUAAAGUCUAUCAGUGAGGAGAUUCGGCAGUCCCGUCAGAAAUUUGCUGAACAGCCCGCUGCUAUGAUUGAAUGGGAUGCCAUUGACUUCACUUUCUUUUCGAUCGCAACGAGUGUCCUUCGCCUUAAAUCAUUAGCCGUGCAAAACAAUAGUAGACGCCAAGAGUGCUUGCGGACCGCAUUACUAUAUCCUCUGACUCCAUUAUUUGUGGUUUUUUGUAACGUCGUCGCUACUUCGGAUAUAGAGGAUUUGGAGCUGUUGAAAGAUGUCACCUCCACAAUAUCAAGAAUUAAAGAUCAAUGCACCUUUGGCUCGAAUCUUUACAGACUUCUAUCCGAAUUGAUCAAACUCUGUUCCAAUCUGCAUGAUAUUCAGCCUAGUCAACCGCCUCAUAAUCAUCAUGUUCAAAGUCAAGGAUCACCGACUGGUGUUUCAUCGAUUGUUGGGAAAAUCAACAGGACUAUCGAAAGUGAAGUCGCCAUGUUGAAUUUUACGGAGGGUGAUGCCAAUUCAAGAUGGCAUGUGCAACAACGAACCCAGCAAUCAGAUUGUCAUCGAUCUUGUGAAGGGCCAAAACGUUCUUCAAUUUGGGAUGAGGGUCUUAUGCGGGAGCUCUUCAAUACUCACCCGUCCGUUGAGUGGCUUGAUUACCACAGUUCUGACUUUCAAGAAACUACGCACCCAUGA